AUGGCCGCUCAGAACACUGGCUUGAAACGCGUCGAGAGACUAUCCGUCAACUUUCUCGUAGAUAAUUCGAUCGAAUGGAUGACGAAACUGCCUCCAGGCUUCUCGCACGAGAUACACCAGCAUCUCCGCGACCAGCAGCCUACUAUCGAUCCUACCACUGGCGUACCCGUUCUGAACUUUGAGAAGUUCUGCUGUGGCGCACACGGUCUCUCCGCCUUAAUCGAAACCGAAGACCCCUCCACCAACACCGUCCACCGCACCCUCUUCGACACCGGCCCCGACUCGCAAUCCAUAGCCCGCAACCUAAACGCCCUCGAGAUCGACACAACUACCAUCUCCCGCGUCGUGCUGAGCCACUGGCACAGCGACCACUCCGGCGGCCUGCUCUCAUUCCUCACGCACCGCUCUCUCACCUCCCAAAACCAACCCAACUCCCCCGUAACGCCGUGUAUAGUCGAUCUGCACCCGUCGCGCCCCUACGCCCGCGGCAUCGCGCCUCCACAAGCCGGCGGGCGCGUCGUAUGCCAGCUCCCGCCCGAUCCGUCUUUCGAGACUAUAGAGUCUGUAGGCGGUGUGGUGGAGAAGCACGACGAGGGGCACACUGUGGCGGGCGGAACGGUGUGGGUGAGCGGGGAGAUUCCGCGGGUUACGCCGUUUGAGGCGGGGCUGGUUGGGGGUGUUAGAUGGGUUGAAGGCAAAGGAUGGACCCCUGAAGAAGAUAUUAUGGAUGAACGGUAUGCGGCUGUUGAUGUCGUCGGGAAGGGAUUGGUCCUCUUUAGCGCGUGCUCGCACGCCGGAAUCGUAAACGUCGUAAAAGACGCAGUCUCCACCUUCGGCCGACCCGUAUACAUGAUAAUCGGCGGCCUGCACCUCGCCGGCCCCGAACUCCUCCCGCGCAUCCCCCCAACCAUAUCCUUCCUCUCCAACGACCUCGUCCCCUCGCCAACAUAUAUUCUGCCUAUGCACUGCUCCGGCUUCGCGGUCAAGUGCGCGCUGCAGAGGGAGUUCGGGGAGGGGUGUGUGCCGGCGGGGGUGGGGAUGAAGAUUGAUUUGAGUGUUACGGAGGAGGAGAGGGCGGGAGAUGGGAGGUUGGUUGGGAGGGUUGUUGAUCGGUUGGCUUGA